CACGCUCGAAGGGACUGUCGCUGGAAGGCGGUACCACCAGAUUGGCAAACUAUAUACGCCGCCGUAACAGCCCGGCACCCACGGGGAGCAUAUUUUUUUCUCUCUGGAUUAUCAGGUGUGAAUAUCCCGGGGGAUAAAGCUAUCCAUUUAACCGAUUACAGGCCGUAUAUAAGUAAGGGAUAUGGAAUGUAAAGCUCAUAACCUGUUACUGACUACUGGAACACUCGUGCGGCUCUGGGUAUUCUGUGGUCUGUUGUUCUCUGUGUCAACAUACCUACUGUAGUACUUACUACACAUACCUGGACUAACUCGCUACUGUUGUCUUGUCUGAUUUAAGGAUUAUUUAUCGGAUCAAAAAUUUGCACUGGAAAUAAUAGACACACACAGUGGUUCUUUAUGUGUUUCAGGUGUGUUGACACUUCUUCUCGCCGCGCUCCCACAGAAGAAAUUUUAAACCCCAGUUUUUGGUUUGUCUUUAGGUAAACCCUACCUGGACGUUUUGUAUUUAAAUGAUCUUCUUCAUUGAUUAGCACGACUAUUGUGAACAAUUUAACACCGUAACAGCUUAUUCAGGAAACUGUACCUAUUUUAGUGUUAUCUCUUUUCGGAACUGUGCGUGCGCAGGGAGUCCCUUACUGCCACGUUAGGGCAAACCUCUGUCUGGCCAAUAAGAUUGCUCAGGGAUAAAAAGAGCGCGCUAUCGUCACAGCUGGUUGGGUCGAGUGACAAAACAUUUCGUUUGCAUUAGUAUUGCUUAUACAGGUGAGGAUCGUACACCGGUGUGGAUGUGUGCCUUAGUGUGACACUUAACCAGCAUGGCUGCCUCACACCUUCUUAUAUGUUUCUGUGCUACGGCAGGAAAGAACGGAGAAGAUUUAGGAGUGGACGAACAACAGAUAGUCGUAUUUGUAUCUCUACUUUUCGAUGUGACCAAUUGCAAGGUAGUCGCCGUCCAACACCAGUAUGUUCGGCCUCAGCCAACAGAACUAUCAGAAACUAUCCUUACUGAAGACUGUAAGCUGGAGACAGGAUUAGAUGAGGAUGCCAUAAAGAAUUCUCAACCCCUUGAACACGUUCUCGAUGAGUUCGAAAGAUUUCUCUCGGCAAAAGGAGUACAUCCGGAGAAUGGCGGCAAAUCUUUUUGUCUAUUAACUGAUGGACAGUCACAUUUACGUCAGUGUCUUCAUCCCGAGGCCAGUAAUAAGAACGUUACCAUACCAAGUUACUUUAACAAAUUCUUUGAUCUUAGGAAACAGUUCAGGAAGUUUUACAAAACGGACAAUAUACACAACAUUAAAUCAAUGAUAGAUUAUUUAGGAUUACAGGAAGAUCAUUCUGUAGAAUAUGGUGUCCGACAGGUACAAGAGAUGGCCGGCAUUGUGCAGCGACUCAUCAAUGAUGGUCAUACAUUUGUCGAACCGGACGUGAUUAAUGAAAGACUGGAACCGGGAAUCUGUUCUAAGAGCGAUAUCGUAGACGACAACACAGUUGUACGAGCACGUGGGUUGCCGUGGCAAUCAUCGGACCAAGAUAUUGCAAGGUUCUUCAAAGGACUCAAUAUAGCCAAGGGAGGCGUUGCCCUUUGUCUCAGCCCCCAGGGCCGGAGGAAUGGAGAAGCCCUAGUCAGAUUUCAGGACGGAGAACACCGAGACUUAGCCCUGAAAAGACACAAACACCACAUCGGACAACGGUAUAUCGAGGUGUACAAGGCGUCUGGCAAGGAUUUCGUCGACGUAGCCGGAGGAAGCAACACUGAGGCUCAGGCUUUCCUGUCACGUGGCGGACAAGUUAUCAUACGCAUGCGUGGACUUCCAUUCACAUCGACGUCACAACAAGUGCUAGAAUUCUUUGCAAGAGAACCCAAUCCAUGCACAGUUCUGGACGGCGAGGACGGAAUCCUAUUCGUACACUACCCAGAUGGACGAUCUACUGGAGACGCCUUUGUGCUCCUGGCUUCCGAAGAUGAGGCUAGCAAUGCCCUGAAAAAGCACAGGGAGAUCAUGGGAACUCGCUACAUAGAGCUAUUUAAAAGCACAACAGCAGAAGUACAACAGGUUCUGAACCGAAGCAUGGACCCACGCAACCCAGAACCUCUUGAAACGCAGUUACCUCCUCUGAUUGCACAAAUUCCCCAACAGACGGCUCUGCCCUACAUUCCCCAGAAUAUGAUCACGAGUGGCACAAAGAGGGAUUGUGUGCGUCUACGCAAUCUCCCAAGUGUUGCCCAGGUGACAGAUAUCUUGAAUUUUCUGGGAGAAUUCUCGCAAUUCAUUGUCUACCAAGGAGUGCAUAUGGUUUAUACUGCUCAGGGAGAACCUUCGGGCGAAGCCUUCAUUCAGAUGGACUCUGAGGAGGCUGCACAGCUAACAACGCUGAAUAGAUAUAAGAAAGCUAUGAUUUUUGGCCAGAAGAAGAGGAUAAUCGACGUGAUCCAGUGCUCGGGGGAGGACAUGAACCUUGUACUUACCAGUGGUAUUGGUGGCUUCCCUCCGGCUAUGCAACAAGCUACCCUCGCUCCACAGCCACAUACCCAACUUUUACAGCGCCAGCUUAUAUCUCAAGCCAUUCAUCCUGCCCCUACAAUGAUACCGACGUCGGCGCUAACAACACCGUCGCUAUCAUAUGCUCACUUGCCACAACCCUUUCAGACAGCCUUUCCACCAGCGACCAUGCCAACAAUGCAACCGCGACCGGCGUAUUACCCGCCCAUAAUAUACUGGUACCCUAGCCCUCCUAUCUCUCCACAGACUAUAGUUUCACAAACAGGGCCUUGUCCUGUCGUCUUGCGAGGCAUCCCUUUUAACACCUCCAUGCAAGAUUUAAUGAAUUUCUUCGGUGGCUUUCCAGAGGUAACACCUGAGAGCAUACAACUUCAGGCGCUACCUGACGGCAGACCUAAUGGGGAAGCUGUGGUGACAUUUGUAACGCGUGGUGAAGCUGAACGUGCAAUAAUUCAACUAAAUAAAAACACCAUUGGGAACUGUGUCAUCGAUCUAUUUCUUGUGUGAUAGCCAGUGCAUGUGGACCUCAGCUGAAGACUUGGAGGAUUUUGGAUGUUUUUAGCAUUUCCAUGGACAGUAUGUGAUUAUCAGAGUAGCGUGAACUCGAAUUUGACAUCAACAUGUAUGUGUGGAUAUGUACAUAUAUAUGUAUGAAUGUGUAUGUGUGUUGUAAAGGACUAUGAUUAUACCAUUUUAUUUGGAAUCGUAUGAUAUUCCACCAGCCAAAACAGCUCAAGCGAGUCAAUGUCUUGCCAUGUCUCAUACACUUGGUCCUAAUGUAUCAGCCAGCCGAAAUGUCCCCUUAUACAAACAAAAAGUGCAAAUUCAUUAAUUGUUAUUAUAAGCAAUAUGAUUUAAUUCCUCUUUAACUGAUCUAAAAAAAGUAUAAAAAUAACCACUUUGUGCCUUUGACUAAUGAAAAUCAAUUUCAUAAAGUAAAAGAAUACCUCGUAAUAAAGGUCUGUGUUUCCAGUGUUAAUGUAAACGGGCAUUUUGUGUCAGGGUUGAGUACAAGGAUGGCAGUGUAUUUAGACUGUGAGCGAGUAGAACUGUAGUUUUAACAUAUUUUGUAGAACUUUUAGUAAGCAUAUAUAAGUGCCUUGCUUUUUUCUUUGAUCACCAGUAGAUCUGAAAUCGAGAAACUAAUAUUUUCAGUUGCUUCAUUUCAGAGAGUUACUUGUACAUAUCAUUCCAUGACAUUAUGAUGUUUUAUGUAAUAUUUGUUUAACUUUUAUUUGUUGUUUUAUCGCUCGAUAUGAAGGCAUUUUAUUGUCGUUGUUAUUUUUGUGCGUUUAAUAUUUCAUGUUUUUUUAUCGUGCACAUACGUUGAUUUCAGUGUAGUUUCUAAGUGUAUACUAAUCUGAUAGUUUGUUAACCUAGAAUAUAUAAACAGAUAUUAUACACGUGCAAAAAAUCUUUCAUUGGAUACCUUAUAUAUUCGGGUGCCGUAAAGAAAGGAAAUCUAGACGUUAAUAUAAUCAAAUGUGAUAUCUAGUCACUAUGUUUAAAUAUGACCUCUACGUAAAGAUAUACGCCUUUACCUACGUAUACUGAACAUGUAUACUGAUCAACGUAAUUUCAAAUUGAUGCCGCGGUAAAUAAACGUAAAUGAGAUAUUAGAGUGUAAAUGACUGUACACUGGCUGGUCUCCAGUUGAAUAAGUGCUACUUUGAAAACUUUGAUCAGGAAUAUUUGGGCCAAACUUGACAACGUGAUUUGCUGGAUAGAAUUUAUUCACGUGCAGAAUCUCGAUUUACAGUAAUUGAUAUAUAAAUAACUUCAUUGUUUUUUGCACAAGAUCUUAUUUUUAUAUAAAUUAUUUGUGUUGCAAUAUUAGGAACCAAUCAAAUUCACCCGUUGUGUUUCGUUAGUGAUGAAGUCAUAUGUAAAAAUAAUUUGUUCAGGAAGAAUAUAUAUUUUAUGUUUAUAUACUUAAUUAUAUAUAUAUUGCAUAUAUAUGGUAGAAUCUCGCGCUGUGAAUGUGAGAUGAAUAUGUUCCAGUUUUCAUUAAUAUUUGUAAUUAUUUGUACAUAUUUGUAUGACUUAUAAUAUAUGGUUCAUGUUACAAUAUGCAAAUGAUGCGACAUUAGAACGAUUUACAUUCCAAUCAUUUAUGUAAAUGCCAGCAUAUAGCUAUAAUUAUCACAUGAAUGCCUGUCAUAUACAUUGUGCAAUACUGUAUAAACAUGUACGUGACGUAAUACUACAGCAGCAGCUCUCAGUAGUUGAACUGUUGUUUGUCUAAAAUUUAUGUAAUUUUCAAUAAAUUAUUGAUCGUAUUUUAUACACUUAUUUCAUUUUUAAUUUAUGUUCAAUGACGGUAUUCCUAAGAACGCAAACAUAUUUACUGUUUAUCAAUUGAAUAUAAUUGUUUGUCAAAAUUUUAAUUUGAAAAGAUAAAGAACAAUUAAAUUUCACAUUUACUAAUCGUGUUGUGGUAAAUUCCAUACCUUAACUGGUGAAUGGCUACUGGUGUAGUUUUUAAGUCACGUGGUUUGUGAUCCAGGUAAAUGUAGUGGAUAAGCUGUGUGUAAAUGUUUGUGACACUAACAGUAUUUUGGUACAAUGGUUGCUGGUAAGCGGUUUGGCAUGCUGAUGUGGUUGUUGUGCACGUGUGUAUUUGGGGUACCAUAAAGGGAACUUUAAGCACCGACAGCGUGCCAAAAUAUUUACAUUUAUUUAGGAAAAAACAUUUCGAUAAUCAUUAAUCACUGAAACAGUUCAUAAAAAGAAAUGAAAGAAAAAUAGAAUACAACAAUAAAUAUAAUUUAAAAAAAUGGAAGUUAUGCAAAUAUCCCUUGAUGGACCCCAUGCGUUUAUGUUUAAUAGGUUGUGACGGGAUUUUGAGGAAAGAUCAUUAACAAUCAUUCCGGUAUUAAGUUUGCACAGAGAAGGGUAAUUUUGUAACUAUUUACUCCUUUAUUUCAGGCUUUCAUCUACGCAUUAAUUAAGAUAUGAAUUAAUUUAUGUUGUAAUACAAUGCUUAUAUUUGUUGAUAAAUGAUGUAGAUACCUAUAUUACCUUAUAUAUAAAUAUAUAUUAGCAUAUAGCUUUAGAGAUUUACAUAUAAAAUGGCAAUAAACAAUCUAGUUUGCAUUAUUGGUGGUGGUUGCCGGGUUUUGGUGAUUGGUGACGGCUUCAGCUUUGUUUUCUAUCACUGUAUUUUAGAAAACUGCGCAUCACACGGUCAGUAUGACGUCAUCAUUCGUAGCUGUUAAUUUUCGUUGGACAAUUAACGACCUGAAGUUACGCAUAUUUUGCUUGCGUCACUGAAUUUGCAUAUCAAUAACAGAACCAGCCUUGUUCUGAUAAUUGAAGGGUUUGGGACUAAUACAGUUUUUAUAUUACGUAGAAUUCUUACGUAGUGGUUUGGGUAACAUUUUGAGAUAAUCUGUGAUAGCAUUAUUUAGUUUACGUUAUAUCAUUGUUUUCUAAGAAAUUUUAUUUUUAACUUCAAUUUUAUUCCUAAACAAGCAUUACUGAAGAGAAUAAUACUCUUUUGUUUUACCGUAUCUUUUAUUUUGUUUCUUUAAUUUAUUACAAAUUAAAAAAAUGUAUAAAAAUACCACUGUGAUGCGCAAUUUUCAAAUUACGUUACUGGAGGAAAGACGACUCCAUUUUUGAGACGAUCACUUCAUUGAGGUGAAGGCUAAACUGAUGAUGUGGAUCGGUCGAGAAGCCUUUUUAACGGAAACUUAAAAAAAAAACAUUAUCUGGAAUGGACUUAACAGAGUGAUCUGCAUAUAUUCUACUUUUGCUUUUACAAGAUGCAAGAUGGUUAAAAGCUGUUGUGUGCCAUAUAUAAUAUUUUGAAAAAACGCCAAAUACUCAUCGUAGACUCUACUUGAAGGGCCAUAACUAGUCACAUGGCCACUCAAUAGUGUUCAAAUCUUGCCACGAGUCCUACUAUUGACCAGUGCAUUUGUCUCGAUCGGGCUCUCCGGUCAUUCUUGGCAGCCAUAGGCCAUCUUGCUAGCGUCCCUGUGCAAUACAAUCCCGUCUGCUGACUAGGAUUAUUCAGGGUCAUUCAGGCGCAUGCUGCUGAUAUAAUAACUAGUCAAAUUGAGAAAGAUAUCAUUCCGUUCACAAUUUGCAUGUGUUUUUAAUUAUUUAUUCCAACAUAUCACUUUUAAAUGUUGCUUUAUUUUUUUCUCUCCAGACGUAACUUUUAUUCAAGGAAAAACAUAUCCUCGUAUCUUUUAGUACGACUAAAUAUGUUAUUAUCAUUUCACGUUUACGAGCUGUGUUCACCUUUUGUGUUCAGUCAUGGAGAGAGUUUGUUGAUAAUGUAUCUUAGUUAUUUGAUUAAUAAAUUCUAUUUCAAAAGGAUAUAC